CACACAAAACCUCAAACCACACAGAACCAAAACACAAAACACCAAAACACAAAACCGCAAAACACACAAAACCGCAAACCACAAAACCGCAAACCACACAAAAUCUCAAACCACCCAAAACCCAAACCACCCAAAACCUCAAACCACCCAAAACCUCAAACCACCCGGAAUCACGGCCUGCCCGCAAACACAGACCCGAUUCCGCCGAGCCACACCAGAUCGCCAGGACCACGAAAACAACCCCCACUUAACCCCUCGUCAUUGGCCUCCCCGACCCGCCCGGCGCCCUGACCCCGGUCCUGCACACCGCCGCCGCGCCCGUGCCUCCUUGACCUCCCAGCGCCUCCAGCCCCACCAAAUCCCACAACCACGCUUUUUCUCCCCCAGAAAAAAGCACACACACCCCCUGUCGCCACCAUGUCUGCCGUGGAGUCCGACGCGGAGUCCGAGCGCGAUGUUGUCGCCGUUUCCGAGCACUUGCUGCGCCACGUGCUGCUUGGGCGGCGCACGAAGAAACGGUGGUCGUUCCACGACUCCUCCAGACCCAACUUGGUGGGCCGCCCGGCCGCCGCCAACCGCCGCCGCCGCCUCAGCGACGUCACGGGCAUUGACGGCGUGCACAAAGAAAUCGACCCCUACCACAUUUCGCCCGCGCAGCUCUACCUGACGGAGUCGGGGCGGCUCUUCCACGCGGGCAAGAUCUGCAUUGCCCUUGCCGGGUUGCCGGGGCGGGGCAAGACCCACCUCCUGGUGCUGUUGACGCGCUACUUGCGCUGGCUCGGCGUCAAGACCCACAGCUUCCACCUUUGCGACUACCGCCGCGCGCUGAGCCGCGACGAGGACUUGGACCACAUGUUGUUUGUGGCGCCGGCCGGCGACACGGGCGCCGCGCGCUUCGAGAACCAGACCGUGGACGACUGCUUGAACGACAUCUUGAACUUCUUCGAGAACGACAAGGGCCAGGUGGCUAUCUACGACGCGGUCAACGCGCGGCCCGAGUACCGGCGCCAGUUGGCGGACCGCUUCAAGGCCGAUGGCAUCCAAUGCAUUUUCAUCGAACUGACCGUGACUGACGCCAGCAUCUUGCACAAGAACAUCGACUCCGCGGCGCGCCUGCUGCCGGACUAUGAGAACUGGGACUACGCGGCCGCGCACGCGGACUACUCGCGCCGCAUCCACUUGUUGGAGCCGUACUACCGCGAAAUGAGCGCCACGGGCGCCGACGCGGCCUUGUCCUUCAUCAAGUUCAUCAACUUCGGCCGCCGCAUCGAGUUGAACAACUCCAACUACGGCUACUUGAUCAACAAGGUCGUGUUCUUCCUCAUGAACUCGCGCAUCAAGCUGGGCUCCGUGUACUUUGCGCGCUGCUACAAGAACGACUGGGACUACCUGAAGGACCCGCCCUUGGACGCUGCCGGCGUGCAGUACUCGCGCAACCUUGCGGGCACUGUGCUCAAGCUUCUCGAGGCCAAGGGCCGCACGUUCGGCGACGGCUCGCGCGCGGCCGCGGCGCCGCUGCUGAGCGCCAUGAAACCCGCCUUGUCCACGGACCAGAAGCACCCGCCCACGGGCGCGGACGGCGUGGACGACGAUUCCUUCGUGGUCUGGACGUCCGUCAAGAAAAGAACCAUCCAGACCACGCAGCCGUUCCGCGACGCCGGCGUCAACGUCAGGCACCGCAUCCAGUUGUCCCAGCGCAACCCGGGCGUGGUGGCGGGCAUGUCCGACGACGAGAUCCAGCAGAAGUUCCCGUCCGAGUACGCGCUGUACCUCAAGGACUCGUACCACCACCGCUUUUCGCGCGCGGAGCUGUACCACGACUUGGCCAUCAAGAUCGAGCCGUUGAUCCUCGAGAUGGAGCGGAUGAGCGGCGACAUCUUGAUCAUCGCGGACGAGACGGUCUUGCGUGUCUUGCACGGCUACCUCAUGGCGUUCUCCUGCUACGACAUCCCGUGGUUGGAGUUCUCCAUGGACGACAUCAUCGAGGUCAAGUUCAACGCGUACGCCAACACCGCGCGUAGAAUCCCGAUCGAGGACUUUUCCGCGCGCUAGGCCGCGCCCGCCCCCGGGGGCCGGCUUUUCGCGGGGCCUCGCCCCGCACGUUGUUGCUGAUGUGAGUCUACGGCGCCACGGGGAUACUGGAUUUUCCCUGUGUUGCGGUGUGCGGCUCGAGCCGGCAGAUGUAGGGUGGCCCG